AUGGAACAACACCCCGGUUUUGUCGCUGCCGUCGAAGAGGCUCAGAAGGGUGCCGCUGAGGGUGGUGUCCCGAUUGGCGCAGCAUUGGUAUCCAAGGAUGGUAAGAUCCUAGGAAGGGGACACAACAUGCGCGCUCAGAAUGGAAGUGCCAUUCUGCACGCCGAGAUGUCCGCUCUUGAAAACUCUGGCCGUUUGCCCGCAUGGGCCUACGAGGGGGCCACUAUGUAUACUACCCUUUCUCCCUGUGACAUGUGCACUGGUGCCUGUCUACUCUACAAGGUGAAUCGGGUGAUCAUUGGUGAGAACAAGAACUUUAUGGGCGGUGAGGAUUAUCUUCGCGCUCGGGGAAAGGAAGUCAUCGUGUUGGACAAUGAAGAGUGCAAGCACUUGAUGGAGAAGUUCGUCAAGGAAAAGCCUGAACUCUGGAAUGAGGAUAUCUCAAUUUAGGUUCAGGCGUCUGGUGGUUCAGGUCAAUGUGUUGAUUGAAG